AUGGAAACAUCCGCUAAGAUAAAAUCUACCGAAAGAGUUAUAGACCAGCAGUACAAUGCAUUAAGGGAGAAAGCAAUAAAAAACAUGGCUAAACGUCCUAAUUAUGGAAGGUCUGGACGUUCUACCCAUAUCACGACGAACUAUUUCGAAGUAAAGAGAAUCGCGAAUAAACCGUAUCUCGAGAAAUAUGCGAUCACGAUGAAAUUGGCAAUGCAGCAAAAAUCAGAGGGUGAAAGUGUUAACAAACGGAGAGCGCCUAAAUAUGAGAAACAACUUUCGGUUAACAUACAAAGAAUUAUAUUUCAACAAUUGGAAGAGCAAGAACGGGAUGGAUGGUUCAAAGGAGUUGGCGUUGUGUUUGACGGCAACGAAACCAUAUACUCAACAGACCUGUUGGUCUUGAACUCGGAUACUGGAGCUACAUCGAUUACGAUAGAGGAUGAUCCUGAUUCCAAGGGGGGUUCUUUGGAAUAUAGGGUCGAGGUUCGUAAGCUCGAUCGAGUAGAUCUGGAAGAAUUGGGGAAAUGCUUGGAGGGAAGAGAAAUGAAGUGGGAAUAUUUUGAUCUAGCCGGCAUUCGUGGUCUCAAUGCUUUGAUACACCACAUGCCCUCGAUGAGUUAUACACAAUUCGGAGAAUCUACUUACUUACCUUCAACUCGAAAGUCUCUAGGAGGGGGGGUGGAAUUAUGGAUGGGAUGGUUUGAGAGCGUUAGACCCGGCCAAGACAGUUAUUUCAUCAAUGUGAACACAACUUACACAGUCUUUUACGAGUCAGGAAAGCUUUCUCUGCUAAUUCCGAAAUAUCUGGGUAUGAAUCCGAGGUCCGACAAUAUUCCCAAUCGAUUCUGUCAGCGCCAACAUGAGCAGAUUACCGAUCUAAUACGAGGUCUUAAGUUCAGGCCUCUCCAUCGUCCUCAAGUAAAUACGCAGCUUAAAAUCAAGAGAUUAUGUCCCAAUAAUAUGCACGAAGUUAAAGUCGAAAUACCGGAGUCCGGUGAGAGGAUCGACAUAUAUUCAUAUUACCAACGUAAAUAUAAUAUAACUCUUCGAUACUCGCAUCUCGUUGAAACUGAGGGUCGAAAGAAUGACAAAUAUCCUAUUGAACUUUGCGAUAUCAUUGAGGGUCAGAGGUUUCCCGUGGCAAAAUUGAACAGCGCACAAAGAGGGAUAAUGAUAAGACAUACGGCCUUGCCUCCUCAGGAUAAUGUAGAACGCAUCAAUGAGGGCGUCCAAAAUGUAUUGCAAUUCGAGAAAGAUUUUAAGCUAAAUUAUUUUGGAAUGGAUGUGGAACAAAAGAUGGCAGAGAUCCCGGCACGCGUAUUAAAGCCGCCACAAAUAGCCUAUCACACAUCUUCCAAAGCUGGCGAAACGGUUAGACCACUGAAUGGUGGAUGGAACCUGAAGGACCGGAAAUUUGUCAAAAGCGGAGAGACGCUGCGUUAUUGGGUCGUCGUUAUUUUUGUUCACCAACAGAAAUUUUCACGCCAGAAGGCCGAACAGUUUAUAAAGGAACUUGUUGAUACUAGUAAGAAUCAAGGCAUGGAAAUUGCAGAGAGCGAACCUAGAAUUGUUUAUUCAAGACAUACCGGAGAUCCGGCGACAUAUCAGCGUAUAGUUGAAGAGGAGUAUGAAAAGGCUCGAAGGUUUUUACGGAAUGAGCUUCAACUGAUGUUGUUUAUCCUACCGGAUGAUGAUGAAAAGCGAUAUCGGGCCAUUAAGUAUACAGCUGACACCAUUCUUGGUGUUCCCACGCAAUGCGUACAACUUGAAAAGGUGGCAAAAAAGAACAAGCAAUACUGCGCAAAUGUUGCUCUCAAAAUGAACUUGAAACUCGGGGGAACAAAUCAGUCAUUGAAAGAGGCAGAGAUACCACUUUUUAAAGAUCCAGUAAUUCUACUUGGCGCUGAUGUUACCCAUCCGACUGGAGGUCGUGCUGGCCCUUCAAACGUACCUUCCAUAUGUGCGGUUGUUGGUUCUCUCGAUCGUCAAGGUGGCCGUUUCGUCCCUAAACUAGAAAGCCAAAGGACGAGACAAGAAAGAAUUGAAAACAUGGGUGGAAUGGUUCUAGAAAUUCUGAGGGACUAUCGCUAUAAGAAUGGUAUUCUACCUGAGAAGAUUAUAAUGUAUCGGGAUGGAGUUUCCGAAAGUCAAUUCGAGAUGGUUUUGACUUAUGAAUUGGAGCAAAUAAAAGUCGCACUCAAGCUUACAUGGAACGUCACGACCGGCGCAUUGUACGUGCACUUUUUAACGAUUGUAAAGGCUGAUAUUUCAUCUUAUCACAUUACUAAUCCUCUUUAG